CAUUAGUCUCCCUCUCUUUAUGCCUGUCUGUCUUUUGUCUCCAUCGCACAUGAACACGUUUACUCUCUGCAGGGCAGUUAUCCGCAUCAGGCUCUCUCUCUCUUUCUCUAUGUCUCUCGCUCUCUCUCACUCUGUGUGUCCUUAAAUGACUUUCCUUCAGUCUCACUCCCUCCUCCUCUCUCUCCCCAGUCUCUGUGUCUGUGCCUAUAGCCGCUCUCCCCCUUCUGUGACAUACAGUAGAUGGUGCAUCGAUUGCACACAGACGCUCGCGUUCCCUCUCGCUGGCUGGGUCCUGUGCGGGAAGGAAGAGGACGGAUUGAGACGUCUCUCUCCCUGCGUCUCGUUCUGCCUACUCUUAUUUUGGGCUGAUGUGAAGAGCUUGGCCGGGCUUGCUCUCUCUCUCUGUCUCUCUCUCUCAUCUCGGAGGAUUCUGCUAUAGAGGUCAGGUUGUGGCAGGAUGUCUGGUGAGAACAUCCUGUCUUCUUCAGAGAUCUGAACCUGGCAUGAUGUCACAGCUCCUGCACAUGGAGAUUCCGAACUUCGGCAGCACUGUUCUGGACAGCCUGAACGAACAGAGGCUGCUGGGCCAGCACUGCGAUGUGGCCAUCAUGGUCAACGGACAGGCCUUCAAAGCCCACCGCGCUGUCUUGGCGGCCAGCAGCCUCUACUUCCGGGACCUUUUCAGCGGUAGCACCCAGACUCUUUUCGAGUUGCCUUCGUCCGUGGCCCCGUCCUGUUUUCAACAGAUCCUCUCCUUCUGCUACACGGGAAGGAUGACGGUGAGCGCCAGCGAUCAGCUCAUGGUCAUGUACACGGCGGGAUACCUUCAGAUCCAAAACAUCGUGGAACGAGGAAUGGACCUCAUGUUCAAGGCCAGCGCUCCGUAUUGCGACUCACAGACGUCUGCCACAGACGAUCCCCCAAGCCCAAACAACAACAACUCCCUGUUGCUAGGCGACCAGCCCACAACUGUCUGCAAGAUCAAGGUAGAGAAGCUGGAGACCCCGGUGUGCGGACAGAGCGGCAAGCUGAAGCAGGUUGAGGAGGACAGGGGGCUGAGGGGCAGAUCUUUGAGGAAUGGUGCUCUUUUCUACACCGCCGGGGGCGGAAACGGGGUCAUAUCUGUGUUGCAUGCCUACGAGCACUCCGGCAGAGAUCACGCCAGCCCCGGUGCCUCCAGCCUCCCGACCACAGACAGCCCAACGUCACACCAAAACGAAGAGGAGGACUUUGAAGAUGACUCAUACGAGAGUCUUACAAACGGAAAGAUCUAUGGGGGCUCGUCCGGUCUCUACGGAAGUAAAUGUCUUUUACCUGGACUAUGUUACGACUCCAAAAACUUUGGCUUUAACCCCUGUGAGUAUGAUUUGUUGUCGUUGUGUCUCAUUCCAGUACAAGAGAAGAUGGAGGUGUCCUCCCUGCCUCUCUCCUUAGAGAACCGUUUCUGCGUUCUGCUGGGAGGAGACAGAGAGGCUCUGCCCGCCGGACUCAUCAGCCAGAUCGGCUACCGCUGCCACCCUGCUCUCUACACGGAAGGCGACCCGGGAGAGAGGCUAGAGCUGAUUGGAGGGCUACGGUCUCCUUGUUUCUCUGUUGCUGUGGAAGGAUCUGGUGUCUUUAUGACACGUGGGCAGCUGAUGAACUGUCACCUCUGUGCUGGGGUCAAGCACAAAGUAUUGCUGAGACGCCUCCUUGCUGCUUUUUUUGACAGGAACACACUGGCUGACAGCUGUGGAACUGGAAUACGUUCCUCCAACUGUGACCCGAAUCGCAAACCGCUGGACAGCCGCAUACUCAACACGGUGAAACUCUACUGUCAGAACUUCGCCCCUAACUUCAAAGAGAGUGAGAUGAAUGUGAUCGCUGCAGAUAUGUGCACCAAUGCCCGCCGAGUUCGCAAGCGCUGGCUCCCCAAGAUUAAGUCCAUGCUCCCGGAGGCGAUCGAGGUGUACAGGGGGACUGCGGUUUUGAGCCAGGUGGAGGGAGCUACCCAGCCAGGUGGGGGCUUUCCUUUCGAGUCCGAAUUCAAACACCUGGCGGCAUCAAAUCUGACUCUGGAGCAGCACCUCUACGGAGACUGCAGAGAGACACUGAGGAACGGCUCUCACUCCACAGGAGCUGGUGCAGAGGAGCGGCCGAACCAAAAGCGAAAAGAUGAAGCGGCCGAACCAGGUAGAGCCAGAGAGCCAGACAACUCGAAGGAAGCGGAAAGGUUUCCCGAAAGCCCUGAGAGGGCGGCCAGCGUUCUCGCCCUCAACCCAGCCAGCAAGAAGGGGGAAAGAGAGCGGGCCGCCAGCAGCCCGAGGCCACAAAAAGAGGACCAGAACCGACAGAGACCCCCUAAAGAUGACCAGUGACUUCCUCGACCUCGUGUUAAUGUAAACCGGUCUGCAGCUUCUCACACCAAAAACGGAUGAACAUAACAUAAACGCUGCAUGAUCAAGAGAACUGGACGUAUAACAUUUUUCCAGGAUGGAUCCUCUGCAUCAAAUAUAAGAAUCUGUAAGGAUCUCUCAUGCAGUCAUUUAGCAUACGUAAAUACAGCCAUAUAUACGAGCUCAGUACAUAAAGGCGGCCUGCUGAGCGGUUUGUUCCUUUCUCUUUUUUUUUAUGAAUGCAUGUAAUGCAUAAGCUCUGGCAUUUCUGACUAAAUACUCUCGCCAAUUUCAGAAUGGAUCAUGGACUUCUGCAUGGCAAAAACAAGAGAAGGACAAAGGCUCUCCUUAAUAUAAUACAACUCACAUGCUUCAGAAAUCAGAGUCGUACUGUUUGGGACUCCAUCGGGAGAGAGUUACUGUAUGUUCGAACUGACUGUGGGACUGCUGAGUUCAGUACAGUACGGAGGCUGAAGCAGUUCUCUAGAGAGUUCGCAGGACUCUCAAUUUUCCCUCUAAAGCUUUUUAAUCUCACUCUGGCUCUCAAGCUGCUGUAUAGUAACCGCUUGCCUGUUUUUUUGCAUUUCAGCUGGUCUGGACAUUUGAAACGCGAUUGUGUGAUUGUUUUUUGGAAGUGAAAUAAAGGAAAGGAUUAUUUUGAGGGAUAACUAGGUUGCUGAUCAUUAUUACUCAUUUAAGGUUCUUUUUUAGUACUCUAGUAAGGUUAUCAGCAUACAAAACAUAAACAUCUGCCAUUAUACUAUAAUAUCAAAAGCUUAGAAUAUAGAAAUUCCUAAAAGGAAGGUUGGGUUUGAUAAAACUGGACUUUUUAGGAAAAAUAUUUAUUAUAAUGAAAAUCUAUAUGUAAUAGACAUUGAAAUGAAAAUAAUAAAACGAAAAUUCAAUUUAUACUACAAUGCUUACAGUUAUCAUAAAAGCCAAUAAUCAGUAGGUGCUAAACAGAUGUUUAUAUACAGAGUUUGGUCUACUUGUUCCCAGCAUAUUUGUCUUAAUUUAUGCAAUAUAAAUAUUGAAAUGGUAACCGUCAGUCCAUCACUGUGCUAAUUUAAGUCUCAACUUCCGUCCUGUUAGAUAUCCAUACGUAAUUUCAAAAUUACAAAAAUUACUUUUGUCAAACCUGUCUUCCAUUGGUCAGUCAAACAGGUAGUCUCGCACCAAAGAAAGCUUAUUGAUUGAUCCAACCUCAUUAUGCUGGACUGGUCAACAAAUAUAGCAAUGAUUUGAUGGCGAAUUCAGCAUUUAAUGUUUUUUCUGCAUGCUGUAUUGACCUAAAAUUGGUUGUUUCCAAAAAUAUUAAAGGUCCACUGUGUAAUUUUUUGGAGGAUCUAUUGACAGAAAUGCAAUAUAAUAUA